GGUCGGCCGGCGGGCAGACAACGAUGCCGAACUUCUGCGCGGCCCCCAACUGCACGCGGAAGAGCACGCAGUCGGACCUGGCCUUCUUCAGGUUCCCGCGGGAUCCGGCCAGAUGCCAGAAGUGGGUGGAGAACUGUAGGAGGGCAGACUUAGAAGAUAAAACACCUGAUCAGCUAAACAAACAUUAUCGACUGUGCGCCAAACACUUUGAGACCUCUAUGAUCUGCAGAACUAGUCCUUACCGGACAGUUCUCCGAGAUAAUGCCAUACCAACAAUAUUCGAUCUUACCAGUCAUUUGAAUAAUCCACAUAGUAGACACAGAAAACGAAUAAAAGAAUUGAGUGAAGAUGAAAUCAGGACACUGAAACAGAAAAAAAUUGAUGAAACUUCUGAACAGGAACCAAAACGUAAAGAAGUAAACAACAGCAAUGCUCAGAAUCCCAGUGCAGAAGAAGGGGGUGAAGAGCAGGAUGAGGACAUUUUACCUUUAACUCUUGAAGAGAAGGAAAACAAAGAAUAUUUAAAAUCUUUAUUUGAAAUUUUGAUUCUUAUGGGAAAGCAAAACAUACCUCUGGAUGGACAUGAAGCUGAUGAAAUCCCAGAAGGUCUUUUUACUCCUGAUAACUUUCAAGCACUGCUGGAGUGCCGGAUCAACUCUGGUGAAGAGGUUCUGAGAAAGCGCUUUGAGACAACAGCAGUGAACACACUGUUCUGUUCCAAGACGCAGCAGAAACAGAUGCUAGAGAUCUGCGAGAGCUGCAUUCGGGAAGAGACCCUCAGGGAGGUGAGAGACUCUCACUUCUUUUCCAUCAUCACUGAUGAUGUGGUGGACAUUGCGGGGGAAGAGCACCUGCCUGUGUUGGUGAGGUUUGUCGAUGAAGCUCACAACCUGAGAGAGGAAUUUGUAGGCUUCCUGCCUUAUGAAGCUGAUGCAGAAAUUUUGGCUGUGAAAUUUCACACUACAAUAACUGAGAAAUGGGGAUUAAACAUGGAGUACUGUCGUGGCCAGGCUUACAUUGUGUCUAGUGGAUUUUCAUCCAAAAUGAAAGUUGUUGCUUCUAGACUUUUAGAGAAAUAUCCCCAAGCUAUCUACACACUCUGCUCUUCCUGUGCCUUAAAUAUGUGGUUGGCAAAAUCAGUGCCUGUUAUGGGAGUAUCUGUCGCAUUAGGAACAAUUGAGGAAGUUUGUUCUUUUUUUCAUCGAUCACCACAACUGCUUUUAGAGCUUGAAAAUGUAAUUUCUGUCCUCUUUCAGAACAAUGAAGAAAGGGGCAAAGAACUGAAGGAAAUUUGCCAUUCUCAGUGGACAGGCAGGCAUGAUGCUUUUGAAAUCUUAGUGGACCUCCUACAAGCACUUGUUUUAUGUUUAGAUGGUAUAAAUAGUGAUACAAAUGUUNUGCCUCGUCUUGAUUUACAAGCAAAGCCUAGAAAGCCUACAAAAAUAAGUGUUUUGUAG